CCAUGGCGGCCACUAAAAAGGAAGGAUGUUGAACCAAUAUAUCCAGGAAUUGGAGCAGGUGGGCCUUUUAUUACGUUCUUCUCGUCAUAGGAAAAGCAUCGUGAAGUGUCUUUAAGUAUUUUGAGGACCCUUUUGAUGGAGAAGAGUUUGUGGAGCGGCUGGCAUGGCGGGUCAACGCCAGCGUGUCGGCGCCGGGCUCAUCAGACUCGGUCUUCAACCCAGACCUGCUGCACGAGGCCUUCACGCAGGCCAUCAAAGAUCUGCAGAUCCUGGAUGAGAGGACAGCUAAAAAAUGUGAGCGAAUGGAGGCAGCAGUGAGGGAGGAGGAGGUGCGCUACUGGCACAACAUUGCCCAGCUUCUGGAACACAAUAAGGAAGCAUUCCAGAGUUUCCAGGACCUAGACAGCCACAUCAACAGUGUGGCCACCAAGGUGGUGCACCUCGGGGACCAGCUAGAAAGUGUCAACACCCCUCGGUCCCGAGCAGUGGAGGCCCAGCGCCUCAUGGACCACUUCAGGGAGUUCCUCCUUUCAGGACCUUUGGUGUCUGAGGUCUUCACUGACAAGUCCAAGAUUUAUGAAGCAGCAGAUGUGAUUCAGAAGCUUCAUCUAAUUGCCCAGGAGCUUCCCUCGGGCAAAUUUGAAACUGCCAAGGCAAAGAUAGCAGAGAAGUAUGAUGAAAUAGAGCGAUCCCUUAUCAUGGAGUUUGUGAAGGCACAUCGGGCAGGGGACAAGGAUCGCAUGAAGGAGAUUGCCUCCACACUGUCUCACUUCAAGGGCUACUCUCAAUGUAUUGAUGCUUUUAUAGAGGAGGCACAGCAUGGGUCACUAAGAUCACGAGACAUGUACCAGGAGGUUGUGCCCCUGUGCCGGAGGUCUGAGGUGCUCAUCAGGGAGGUGUUCACUAAUCCUGACCAGGUGAUGGGCAAGUUUGUGCUGAACAUCUUCCAAAGACAGCUUCUGGAAUACAUACAGAUGAAAUUAGAAAACAAGACUCUACUUGAGCUGUACCUGAAGAACCUACAUGAGCUAUACUGCCAGACUGUCAAGCUAUGCACAGACCUCCAGACCUUCAACCUGGGCAACGACUCUCAGUUUCUCUCCAAGCUCACUAAGUCAAUAUUCCAGCGACACCUAAACUCUUACAUCAGCAUAGAGACCAGAUUCCUGAAAGAAAAGUUUGGUUUAAUUCUGAGUCGCUAUUAUGAAAACAAAGGUCACCAGAAGAAGAACAUACAGUCUGGAGGCAUCAAUGACUUCCGGCGCAACAUCCAGGAUGUGAUCGGCACCAAGGCCAACAUUAACAUUGGGCCAGCUGUGGAAAACUAUGGUGGGGAGACCUUCCUGUCAGAGGAGGUGGCAAUCUCCCUCUUGCAGGAGACUAAGCAGGCCUUCAAAAGGUGCCAGAUGCUUUCCUCUCAGUCUGAUGUUCACAAUAAUGCUGUCCAGAUAUUUGAUCUCCUAGCAAAGGCUCUCUUGAAUGAACAUGUUGAUUAUGCCAUUGAGUUGGGGCUGCAGGUCAUUCCUGGUGGUGAGGUGCGCACUCCCCCAGAGGUGAGCUUCUUUGAGGUGGUGCACCAGAGCAGCUCCAUGAUGAACCUUCUUGACAAGUUGUUCAGUGACACCCUUGUACCACUGGUGAUUUCCACUCCCAAACAUGGGGACUGUCUGCAGAAAAAGAAGCAGCUGGGCAGCACACUGGAGCAGAAACUGGACCUUGGCCUUGACCGCACCUUGUCAGCAAUUGUCAGCUACGUGAGGCAUGUCCUCACGGUGGAGCAGAAGAGGACAGACUUCAAACCAGAGGAUGAUGACAUGUUAAUCACCAAUGUUACUGUGGCAUGCCAGCGUGUGGUGCGCUACAUCAACCUGGUGGUGGAGCGCAUCCGGGACUCCCUUGAUGGGCACAACUUGGAGAGUGUGCUGCUGGAGCUGGGCCUCAGGUUCCACCGCACCAUCUUCGACCAUCUCAUGAAGUUUGAAUACAGUGCCACUGGAGCAAUGGCUGUGAUCUGUGAUGUGAACGAGUACAGAAAGUGUGUGGCAAACUUCAAGAUUCCUCAGGUCAACUCCCUGUUCGACACACUCCACACACUGUGCAAGCUGCUGCAGGUGACCCCAGAGAAUCUUAAAAUGGUGUGCUUUGGAGAUCAGCUGAGUGGCUUGGAUCGCAAUGUUCUGGCAAACUUCAUUCAGCUUCGUGCUGAUUACAAGACUGCCAAACUUGGAAACCAACUGAAAUGAGAUAUUUAGUGUAUGAGACAUGAGAUAUUUAGUGUAUGAGACUUAAGGAUGAAAUAUAUUUAUUAUAUUUUAUUUAUUUAAGUGGCAGAACUUUGCAUUUACACAAUACAUGAAUUUUGCAAAUUUCUCAAAGUUUUCUUGAAACCUAAGGUCAAUCUACAACUGACAUACAUGGACAUUACAGUACCUUACAGAUGUACACUGGGGUUCUCUCUCAUUUUUUAACACUGCAGACACAUGGAUGAACAGAAAAGUAAGAUGUACUGGACUGCAAAAUGUGCCUCAAAUCUUUCUUUGUGUAUGGAUAGGAGUGGUCUGUGAAUGGAAGUUUUACUGUUAGUUGAAGUGCCUAUGUAGGCCAGUAAAGGUUAUCAAUGUGUAACGUGAAUGGUCCAGAAACUAAAGAUGCCACGACAGAGGACUAAGUUAUCAAAUCUCAGCUGAGCUACUGACUGGAGAUGCUUUGAUAAUAGCCAAGACCCUCUCUCUCUCUCUCUCUCUCUCUCUCUCUCUCUCUCUCUCCUUACCCAAUUAACCAACAUAUACUUUCAUUGCUUCCUACACUUGUACAUUAUUAUUCUUCCUAGUAUUCUGUUCCUUAUAUGCAAAACUGAUAACUUAUAAAAUAUUUUAAAGACUGAAACAUCAAAGUUUUUGAAAGUUAAGGUUAUUUUACAUCUUAUUGGUGAUCUAUUAAACUAUGUAUGAUUAAACUAUGUAUGAACUUCAGUGAAUGUUAAUUAAACAACAGUCUACCUGCCACUUUUGUCAGGAAAAUGUUAAUACUAGUCUUCAACUGUUGUAAUUUAUAUGAGUGCAAAUGAGAUUGCAGCAGCAUUAAUGAGAAGCAGUGACAUCUUCCAUUUGUCAUUAUAAAUGGUGCUUAAGUUAACCUGGAUCUGUAUAACACAAUGUACAACUGGUGGUGAGUGUUGAAAAGUUUGGUGCAUUUCUGACAGACUCAUUACUGUCUUUUAACAGGUUAAUGUUUCAGGAGUGAGCAGUAAAGAGGUUAAAAACAAAUGUCUCAAAAAUCUGAAUAAUAAGAAUGCAUUUGGAAUUAUAUUAGAAUGCUGAUGCAUUCAAAAUUACCUCACUUUUCUGUGAAUAUCUCAGAAUUAAUCCGCUGGAAAUCCAAAAAUGCUAUGAAAUGUGAUAAGUUCCGACAUUCACACAGUGAUAUGUUGAAACCUUUCUUUAUUCAACUGUGAUGUGUAUAGCUAUAUUUUCAGUCAAUAUAAGCUGUUGCCUUGU